GCGUGCGCGAAAGGCGCAGCAGGCGCGAGCUCCCGGGCGGUCCCCGAGGCGCGGAUUGGCGCCCGCGCGCGCCCCGGAGGCCCGCGAGGUGCCCGCCCGGGUGCGGGAUGGCGGCCAGCCUGUGGAUGGGAGACCUGGAACCCUACAUGGAUGAGAACUUCAUUUCUAGAGCCUUUGCCACCAUGGGGGAGACCGUGAUGAGCGUCAAAAUUAUCCGAAACCGCCUUACUGGGAUCCCAGCUGGCUACUGCUUUGUAGAAUUUGCAGAUUUGGCCACAGCUGAGAAGUGUUUGCAUAAAAUUAAUGGGAAACCCCUUCCAGGAGCGACACCUGCAAAACGUUUUAAACUGAACUAUGCCACUUAUGGGAAACAACCAGAUAAUAGCCCUGAGUACUCCCUCUUUGUGGGGGACCUAACCCCAGAUGUGGAUGAUGGCAUGCUGUAUGAAUUCUUCGUCAAAGUAUACCCCUCCUGUCGGGGAGGCAAGGUGGUUUUGGACCAGACAGGCGUGUCUAAGGGUUAUGGUUUUGUGAAAUUCACAGAUGAACUGGAACAGAAACGAGCCCUGACGGAGUGCCAGGGAGCAGUAGGACUGGGGUCAAAACCUGUGCGGCUGAGUGUGGCAAUUCCUAAAGCGAGCCGUGUAAAGCCAGUGGAAUAUAGCCAGAUGUAUAGUUACAGCUAUAACCAGUAUUACCAACAGUACCAGAACUACUAUGCCCAGUGGGGCUAUGACCAGAACACAGGCAGCUACAGCUACAGUUACCCCCAAUAUGGCUACACCCAGAGCACCAUGCAGACAUAUGAAGAAGUUGGAGAUGAUGCAUUGGAAGUUGGACACAAUGUCUUUCUUUAUUUUACUUUAUUUGGUGCUGAGGUUCGAACCCCGUGCCCCAUGCAUGCUAGACCCCAUGCCACAGCUGGAUGUGACUGAGGCCAACAAGGAGUUCAUGGAACAGAGUGAGGAGCUGUACGAUGCACUGAUGGACUGCCACUGGCAGCCCCUGGACACAGUGUCUUCAGAGAUCCCUGCCAUGAUGUAACCAGGACAACGGACAAGUCAGGAUGGACUGACUUAAAAAAAGUGAAAACAUUUGCUUUUGGAAAUGAUUUGUAAGAUUUUAAUGACUUUACUAAGAUUAUUACUACUUCUGCAA